GGGACCUAGCUUUCUGGCUCAGCUUCUCUGAUGAGGAAGUCGGAAGUUGUUCUUUGUGAGGCUCUGAGGGAUCCAUUGUGGGUAGAUCACUUGGCACCCACGCCAUGGUGAGCAAGGGGCUUCUGUUCCCAGACGGGAAGGAGUGGCCGGCCAUGAAUGCGGUGACCUAUGAUGAUGUGCAUGUCGACUUCACUUGGGAGGAGUGGGCUUUGCUGGAUCCUUCCCAGAAGAGUCUCUACAACGAUGUGAUGCUGGAAAUCUAUAGGAACCUCACUGAUAUAGGCUACAGUUAUGAAGACUAUAAUAUAGAAGAACAUUGUCAACGUUCUGGAAGACAUGGAAGAUACAGAAAAGGCCAUACUAGAGAGAAUCCCUCUGAAUAUACUCAAUGUUCUAAAGCCUUUUCACAUCAUAGUCAUCUUCAGAGGCAUGUAAAAAUUCAUCCUGGAGAGAAACCCUAUGAAAGUAUUCAAUAUGGUGAAGCCUUUACACACAACAGCAGUCUCCAAGUACAUAAAGGAACACAUGUUGGAGAGAAAACCUUUGAAUGUAAACAAUGUGGUAAAGCCUUUGCAUGUGCCAGUAGUCUCAAAAGACAUGAAAGAACACAUACUGGAGAAAAACCCUACAAAUGUAAUCAAUGUGAUAAAGCCUUUUCACAACACAGUACUCUCCAAAUACAUAAAAGAACUCAUUCUGGAGAGAAACCUUACAAAUGUAAUCAAUGUGAUAAAGCCUUUACACUUCACAGUCGUCUCCAAAUACAUAAAAGAACUCAUUCUGGAGAGAAACCUUAUGAAUGUAAUCAAUGUGGUAAAGCCUUUGCAUGUGCUGGUAAUCUCCAAAGACAUAAAGGAACUCAUGCUGAAGAAAAGCCCUACAAAUGUAAUCUGUGUGAUAAAGCCUUUUCACGACAAAGUCAUCUCCAAGAACAUAAAAGAACACAUACUGGAGAGAAACCCUACAAAUGUAAUCUGUGUGAUAAAGCCUUUUCACAACACAGUCAUCUCCGAAUACAUAAAAGAACACAUACUGGAGAGAAACCCUACAAAUGUAAUCAGUGUGAAAAAGCCUUUUCACAACACCAUAGUCUUCAAAUGCAUGGAAGAACACAUAUUGGAGAGAAACCCUAUAAAUGUAGCAAUGUGGUAAAGCCUUUGACUUUCCCGGUAAUCUCCAUAUACAUAAAGGAACACAUACUGGAGAGAAACCCUGUGAAUGUAAGUAAUGUGGUAAAGCCUUUGCAUGUAUCUGGAGUCUUUGAAAUAAUGAGGAAAAAAUCAUCAUGCAGAGAAACCCUAUAAAUGUAUUAAGUGUGGUAAAGUUUUGCACUUCAUGGUAUAGUUUAUACAAGAGUUAAAGUUUCAGUGUUAACUGGUCUCGUAAAGUCUUUUCAUAUUACAGUUGUCCUUGAGGACCUAAAAAAAUUAAUACUGAAGGAAAUCUGGACAUAAAGGUUUUGGUAAGAUCUUUAGCCUUACAUUCAUUUACAUGAAAUUAUUCUGGGGAAAUACAUUGAAAUCACAAUUCUUAAAUAAUUAAAUUAAUUACUUUAAAUAAUUAAUUAUUUUUAAAUU